GUGGACCUCAAAACAGAGUGGCAGUUGGCUAUGUGUCUAGCUAGAGCAUGUAUUUGAUUCAAAUAUGGAAAAGAAGAGGUUUAAUAUCAACCUAGACGACUCUGCCUUCACAAAAGAAAGAGCCCCGGUAAAUAAAUCGCUAAUUAGUUAGCUAAUCACCAGAUAUUUUUCAAGGUUGAACUUAUUAUUAUAUUAUAUUAUAAGGUUGUAGGCUAGCUAGCUAUUCUAUCAAUGCUAGUCUUGUUAGCUAUCUAGCUAAGUUAGUAGUGCUGGCCAAAGCUACAGCAGAGAUCUUUGGAGUCUCGAAACACUGGAUACUGGUCUAUCUUUUGCCCAGAUUGUACUAUUGGGUUGCAGUAGCAGACCAGACAACCAGUCCCACAAACCUCAUCCGUAGCUAGUCUUUUUGACGUUACUGAAGUAUGCUAGCUAAAUUACUAAGAUGUAAACGUUAUUGUGGUUAACACCUACAAGGAAGGUUGAAGGUAGCAAGUGGUUGAAAAUACAGUUUUCCGGUUGUAGGGUUUUGGACCUCCAUACACUAGUCAUAACUUUCCAACUUAGCAUUGAUGAUUGUAGAGCAUUACAAUACACAUUGCAUAUGUCAUGUGUUAGAGAACUGCAUGAUCACAUGAUUAAUAAUAAUAAUAAUAAGCCAUUUAGCAGACGCUUUUAUCCAAAGCGACUUACAGUCAUGCGUGCAUACAUUUUUACGUAUGGGUGGUCCCGGGGAUCGAACCCACUACCUUGGCGUUACAAGCGCCGUGCUCUACCAGCUGAGCUACAGAGGAUCACCCACCUUGUUCUCUUGCAGGUGAAACCCCUGUUCCAGCCUUCCUCUAAGGCAGGCCAGAGUGCAUCAUCAUCAUCAUCAUCAACCACCUCUGAGACCACAGCUCAGCCUGCACCCCAGUCUGCUGGCCAACCGCUAUCAUACGCGGAGUUCAUUGUCCAGAGCAAAGGCCAUGCUGCACCUCCGCUUCCACGGGUCCCCUCGGCUCCGCAGAGAGUGGGGCAGUCCAGGGUGGACGCUGGGACUGGGAUAGAGACCGGGACUGGCAGUUUGAAGCAGGGUCCCAGUCAAGGAGUACAAGGUGGGCCUGAUGUGACAUCGUGUGAGAGGCCUCAGGACCAGGCCCAGGGGACAGAGUGUCCGGGUUCUGGUGGACCACCAAGGGUUACAGAGGGAGAGGAGGGGCAGAGGGCUGGGACCGAGCAGAAGCAGGAGGAGGGUCAAGGCGCAGAGGGCAGCAAAGUCCUGGGUCAUCCUAAACCAGUGGGGUCUGGUAAUAGUAUCAUAGUCAGCCCCAGACAGGUAAGAGUGAUGGAUGACAAAAAAAGCUACAGUUGAAAAAGUGUCAUGUUUCUAGUUAAAUGGUUGGGAUACAUUACCCCUAAGUAGCAUUCUUACCAACAUAAUAAUUGAAUUUAAAGUCUUUGUUCAGAGAGGCUUUACCAAUAGCUUAAGAAAGCUUUGAUGUGUUGUCUUACUAAUUAAUCUUGAUACCCUGGUUGUUAUUGUGCAGAGAGGAAACCCCAUUCUGAAGUUUGUGAGGAGUGUGCCUUGGGAGUUUGGAGAAGUGGUCCCUGACUAUGUCCUGGGACAGACAACCUGCGCUCUCUUCCUCAGGUGUGUGUGUGUGUACAAUACAUGCUUUAUGGACUUUUUACCCUGUGUUUGUGUGUGUAAUUGUUGUGUGUGUGUGUGUAAUUGUUGUGUGUGUGUGUGUAAUUGUUGUGUGUGUGAUGUGGCCUCUUGUGUUCCACUGAAACCUGUCAUAAUGUCAACCUCUCACCUAGUUAGUGAGUAACCGCUAACCACCUUUUAUUUUCCUAUUGUUUUAUUCUGUGAACCUUUACACCUUGACUGUUGCUAUGCAACGACUACUCUGGAACAAACUAUGCUAGUCAUGUUCUAAUGGAAGAGGUUAUCAUAGUAUCUCCCCCUUGUAUUUGUGUCUGUGGUUAUUGGUGUUGUCCUGGCUUGGCCUGUUGGUGUUGUCCUGGCCUGUUGGUGUUGUCCUGGCCUGUUGGUGUUGUCUUGGCCUGUUGGUGUUGUCCUGGCCUGUUGGUGUUGUCCUGGCCUGGCUCGUUGUUGGACCGGCAGUCUGAGGUACCACAACCUCAACCCCAGCUACAUCCACGACCGUCUCAAACUGCUGGGCCAAACCUUCACCCUCAGGGUUCUACUGGUGCUAGUUGAUGUGGUGAGGCUAGUAAACUGGUAUUUUCUCCUCAUUUAUUGUUGAAUUGAAUUAACAAGAGGCCAUGAUUAUAGUGUAAAAGUACUUUAUACUGAUACUUUUUCAGCUUGUUGAGUGAUACACAUCACAUUGCAGCUUUGCCUAAUACCCCACUCUCUCCCGUCCCUACUCUCCCUGGUGGUGUGUUGCAGAAAGACCCUCACCAUUCUCUGAAAGAGCUGGCUCGUAUCUGCAUCAUGGCUGACUGCACUCUCAUCCUGGCCUGGAGGUAACACUCUCAUCCUGGCCUGGAGGUAACACUCUCAUCCUGGCCUGGAGGUAACACUCUCAUCCUGGCCUGGAGGUAACCCUCUCAUCCUGGCCUGGAGGUAACCCUCUCAUCCUGGCCUGGAGGUAACCCUCUCAUCCUGGCCUGGAGGUAACCCUCUCAUCCUGGCCUGGAGGUAACCCUCUCAUCCUGGCCUGGAGGUAACCCUCUCAUCCUGGCCUGGAGGUAACCCUCUCAUCCUGGCCUGGAGGUAACCCUCUCAUCCUGGCCUGGAGGUAACCCUCAGUCAGGAAUGGAGAGUAGCAGCUGUAGCCUAUGUAAUGACAGUGUUUGAGAGUGAAGAUUUUAAGUUGGAACUUAUUUUUCUUAACAGUCCAGAGGAGGCGGGGCGUUACCUGGAGACGUAUAAGUCCUAUGAGAAGAAACCAGCUGAUCUGCUGAAGGAACAUGUGGAGAAAGACUACCUGUCUAAGGUCUGAGCCAAUAUGGGCCAUCACCAACACAGUCAUAUUAAUACACUGAACUAAAAUAUCAACGCAACAUGUAAAGUGUUGGUUUCAUGAGCUGAUGUAAAAGAUCCCAGAAAAUGUCCUUACACACAAAAAGCUUAUUUCUCUCAAAUGUUGUGCAGAAAUGUGUUUACAUCCCUGUUAGUGAGCAUUUCUCCUUUGCCAAGAUAAUCCAUAUACCUGACAGGUGUGGCAUAUCAAGAAGCUGAGUAGACAGCAUGAUCAUUACACAGGUGCACCUUGUGCUGGGGACAAUAAAAGGCCACUUUAAAAUGUGUGGUUUAGUCACACAACACAAUGCCACAGAUGUCUCAAGUUUUGAGGGAUCGUGCAAUUGGCAUGCUGACUGCAGGAAUGUCCACCAGAGCUGUUGCCAGAUAAUUUUAUGUUAAUUUCUCUUCCAUAAGCCGCCUCCAACGUCGUUUUAAAGAAUUUGGCAGAACGUCUAACCGGCCUAUCAACCGCAAACCACAUGUAACCACGCCAGCCCAGGACCUCCACAUCCGGCUUCCUCACCUGUGGAAUCGUGUGAGACCAGCCAGCCAACUAAAUAAUUUCUGCACAAACUGUCAGAAACCGUCUCGGGGAAGCUCAUCUGCGUGCUCGUCGUCCUCAGCCAGGUCUUGAACUGACUGCAGUUUGGCGUUGUAACCGACUUCAGUGGGCAAAUGCUCACCUUCGAUGGCCACUGGCACGCUGGAGAAGUGGGCUUUUCACGGAUGAAUCCUAGUUUCGUCUUUACCGGGCAGAUGGUAGACAGCGUGUAUGGCGUCGUGUGGGCAAGCGGUUUGCUGAUUGUCAACGUUGUGAACAGAGUGCCCCAUGGUGGCGGUGGGGUUAUGGUGUUGGCAGGCAUAAGCUACGGACAACGAACACAAUUGCAUUUUACGAUGGCAAUUUGAAUGCACAGACAUACCGUGACGAGAUCCUGAGGCCCAUUGUCCUGCCAUUCAUUAGCCGCCAUCACCUCAUGUUUCAGCAUGAUAAUGCACGUCCCCAUGUCGCAAAAAUCUGUACACAAUUCCUGGAAGCUGAAAAUGUCCCCGUUUUUCCAUGGCCUGCAUACUCACCAGACAUGUCACCCAUUGAGCAUGUUUGGGAUGCUCUGGAUCGACAUGUACGACAGCGUUUUCCAGUUCCCACCAAUAUCCAGCAAGAAGAAUGGGACAGGCCACAACCAACAGCCUGAACAACUCUAUGCGAAGGAGAUGUGUCACGCUGCAUGAGGCAAAUGGUGGUCACACCAGAUACUGACUGGUUUUCUGAUCCACACUCUUUUUUUUAAAGGUAUCUGUGAUCAACAGAUGCAUAUCUGUAUUCCCAGUCAUGUGAAAUCCAUAGAUGAGGGCCUAAUACAUUUUUUCAAUUGACUGAUUUCCAUAUGAACUGUAACUUACUAAAGUCUUAGACAGGUAGUAAGUACACUGAACAAAAAUGUCAAAGGUCUAAGCUGCUACAGGCCAUAGCCAACAGUCAUAUUAAUACUACCUGUCUAAGCUUCUACAGGCCAUAGCCAACAGUCAUAUUAAUACUACCUGUCUAAGCUUCUACAGGCCAUAGCCAACAGUCAUAUUAAUACUACCUGUUUAAGCUUCUACAGGCCAUAGCCAACAGUCAUAUUAAUACUACCUGUCUAAGCUGCUACAGGCCAUAGCCAACAGUCAUAUUAAUAAUACCUGUCUAAGCUGCUACAGGCCAUAGCCAACAGUCAUAUUAAUACUACCUGUCUAAGCUUCUACAGGCCAUAGCCAACAGUCAUAUUAAUACUACCUGUCUAAGCUGCUACAGGCCAUAGCCAACAGUCAUAUUAAUACUACCUGUCUAAGCUGCUACAGGCCAUAGCCAACAGUCAUAUUAAUACUACCUGUCUAAGCUGCUACAGGCCAUAGCCAACAGUCAUAUUAAUACUACCUGAAUAAGGUCUAAGCUUGUGGUCCUCUGUAGCUCAGCUGGUAGAGCACGGCGCUUGUAACGCCAAGGUAGUGGGUUCAAUCCCCGGGACCACCCAUACACAAAAAUGUAUGCACGCAUGACUGUAUGUCGCUUUGGAUAAAAGCGUCUGCUAAAUGGCAUAUUAUUAUUAUUAUUAUUAUAAGCUUCUACAGGCCAUAGCCAACAGUCAUAUUAAUACUACCUGUCUAAGCUGCUACAGGCCAUAGCCAACAGUCAUAUUAAUACUACCUGUCUAAGCUGCUACAUGCCAUAGCCAACAGUCAUAUUAAUACUACCUGUCUAAGCUGCUACAGGCCAUGGCCAACAGUCAUAUUAAUACUACAUGUCUAAGCUGCUACAGGCCAUAGCCAACAGUCAUAUUAAUACUACCUGUCUAAGCUGCUACAGGCCAUAGCCAACAGUCAUAUUAAUACCACCUGUCUAAGCUGCUACAGGCCAUAGCCAACAGUCAUAUUAAUACUACCUGUCUAAGCUGCUACAGGCCAUAGCUAACACAGUCAUAUUAAUACUACCUGUCUAAGCUGCAACAGGCCAUAGCCAACAGUCAUAUUAAUACUACCUGUCUAAGCUGCUACAGGCCAUAGCCAACAGUCAUGUUAAUACUACCUGUCUAAGCUGCUACAGGCCAUAGCUAACAGUCAUAUUAAUACUACCUGUCUAAGCUGCUACAGGCCAUAGCCAACAGUCAUAUUAAUACUACCUGUCUAAGGUCUAAGCUGCUACAGGCCAUAGCCAACAGUCAUAUUAAUACUACCUGUCUAAGCUUCUACAGGCCAUAGCCAACAGUCAUAUUAAUACUACCUGUCUAAGCUUCUACAGGCCAUAGCCAACAGUCAUAUUAAUACUACCUGUCUAAGCUUCUACAGGCCAUAGCCAACAGUCAUAUUAAUACUACCUGUCUAAGCUGCUACAGGCCAUAGCCAACAGUCAUAUUAAUACUACCUGUCUAAGCUGCUACAGGCCAUAGCCAACAGUCAUAUUAAUACUACCUGUCUAAGCUUCUACAGGCCAUAGCCAACAGUCAUAUUAAUACUACCUGUCUAAGCUGCUACAGGCCAUAGCCAACAUUCAUAUUAAUACUACCUGUCUAAGCUGCUACAGGCCAUAGCCAACAGUCAUAUUAAUACUACCUGUCUAAGCUGCUACAGGCCAUAGCCAACAGUCAUAUUAAUACUACCUGUCUAAGCUGCAACAGGCCAUAGCCAACAGUCAUAUUAAUACUACCUGUCUAAGCUGCUACAGGCCAUAGCCAACAGUCAUAUUAAUACUACCUGUCUAAGCUGCUACAGGACAUGGCCAACAGUCAUAUUAAUACUACCUGUCUAAGCUGCUACAGGCCAUAGCCAACAGUCAUAUUAAUACUACCUGUCUAAGCUGCUACAUGCCAUAGCUAACACAGUCAUAUUAAUACUACCUGUCUAAGCUGCUACAGGCCAUAGCCAACAGUCAUAUUAAUACUACCUGUCUAAGCUGCUACAGGGCCAUAGCUAACAGUCAUAUUAAUACUACCUGUCUAAGCUGCUACAGGCCAUAGCCAACAGUCAUAUUAAUACUACCUGUCUAAGGUCUAAGCUGCUACAGGCCAUAGCCAACAGUCAUAUUAAUACUACCUGUCUAAGCUGCUACAGGCCAUAGCCAACAGUCAUAUUAAUACUACCUGUCUAAGCUGCUACAGGCCAUAGCCAACAGUCAUAUUAAUACUACCUGUCUAAGCUGCUACAGGCCAUAGCCAACAGUCAUAUUAAUACUACCUGUCUAAGCUGCUACAGGCCAUGGCCAACAGUCAUAUUAAUACUACCUGUCUAAGCUGCUACAGGCCAUAGCCAACAGUCAUAUUAAUACUACCUGUCUAAGCUGCUACAGGCCAUAGCCAACAGUCAUAUUAAUACUACCUGUCUAAGCUGCUACAGGCCAUAGCCAACAGUCAUGUUAAUACUACCUGUCUAAGCUGCUACAGGCCAUAGCCAACAGUCAUGUUAAUACUACCUGUCUAAGCUGCUACAGGCCAUAGCUAACAGUCAUAUUAAUACUACCUGUCUAAGGUCUAAGCUGCUACAGGCCAUAGCCAACAGUCAUAUUAAUACCUGUCUAAGCUGCUACAGGACAUGGCCAACAGUCAUAUUAAUACUACCUGUCUAAGCUGCUACAGGCCAUAGCCAACAGUCAUAUUAAUACUACCUGUCUAAGCUGCUACAUGCCAUAGCUAACACAGUCAUAUUAAUACUACCUGUCUAAGCUGCUACAGGCCAUAGCCAACAGUCAUAUUAAUACUACCUGUCUAAGCUGCUACAGGGCCAUAGCUAACAGUAUAUUAAUACUACCUGUCUAAGCUGCUACAGGCCAUAGCCAACAGUCAUAUUAAUACUACCUGUCUAAGGUCUAAGCUGCUACAGGCCAUAGCCAACAGUCAUAUUAAUACUACCUGUCUAAGCUGCUACAGGCCAUAGCCAACAGUCAUAUUAAUACUACCUGUCUAAGCUGCUACAGGCCAUAGCCAACAGUCAUAUUAAUACUACCUGUCUAAGCUGCUACAGGCCAUAGCCAACAGUCAUAUUAAUACUACCUGUCUAAGCUGCUACAGGCCAUGGCCAACAGUCAUAUUAAUACUACCUGUCUAAGCUGCUACAGGCCAUAGCCAACAGUCAUAUUAAUAGUACCUGUCUAAGCUGCUACAGGCCAUAGCCAACAGUCAUAUUAAUACUACCUGUCUAAGCUGCUACAGGCCAUAGCCAACAGUCAUAUUAAUACUACCUGUCUAAGGUCUAAGCUGCUACAGGCCAUAGUCAACAGUCAUAUUAAUACUACCUGUCUAAGCUGCUACAGGCCAUAGCCAACAGUCAUAUUAAUACUACCUGUCUAAGCUGCUACAGGCCAUGGCCAACAGUCAUAUUAAUACUACCUGUCUAAGCUGCUACAGGCCAUAGCCAACAGUCAUAUUAAUACUACCUGUCUAAGCUGCUACAGGCCAUAGCCAACAGUCAUAUUAAUACUACCUGUCUAAGCUGCUACAGGCCAUAGCCAACAGUCAUAUUAAUACUACCUGUCUAAGCUUCUACAGGCCAUAGCCAACAGUCACAUUAAUACUACCUGUCUAAGCUUCUACAGGCCAUAGCCAAAAGUCAUAUUAAUACUACCUGUCUAAGCUGCUACAGGCCAUAGCUAACACAGUCAUAUUAAUACUACCUGUCUAAGGUCUAAGCUGCUACAGGCCAUAGCCAACAGUCAUGUUAAUACUACCUGUCUAAGCUUCUACAGGCCCCAUAGCCAACAGUCAUAUUAAUACUACCUGUCUAAGCUGCUACAGGCCAUAGCUAACAGUCAUAUUAAUACUACCUGUCUAAGCUGCAACAGGCCAUAGCCAACAGUCAUAUUAAUACUACCUGUCUAAGCUGCUACAGGCCAUAGCCAACAGUCAUAUUAAUACUACCUGUCUAAGGUCUAAGCUGCUACAGGCCAUAGCCAACAGUCAUAUUAAUACUACCUGUCUAAGGUCUAAGCUGCUACAGGCCAUAGCCAACAGUCAUAUUAAUGCUACCUGUCUAAGCUGCAACAGGCCAUAGCCAACAGUCAUAUUAAUACUACCUGUCUAAGCUGCUACAGGCCAUAGCCAACAGUCAUAUUAAUACUACCUGUCUAAGCUGCUACAGGCCAUAGCCAACAGUCAUAUUAAUACUGCCUUAUCUCAACUGCUACAGGCCAUAGCCAACAGUCAUAUUAAUACUACCUGUCUAAGCUGCUACAGGCCAUAGCCAACAGUCAUGUUAAUACUACCUGUCUAAGCUGCUACAUGCCAUAGCCAACAGUCAUAUUAAUACUACCUGUCUAAGCUGCUACAGGCCAUAGCCAACAGUCAUAUUAAUACUACCUGUCUAAGCUUCUACAGGCCCCAUAGCCAACAGUCAUAUUAAUACUACCUGUCUAAGCUGCUACAGGCCAUAGCCAACAGUCAUAUUAAUACUACCUGUCUAAGCUGCUACAUGCCAUAGCCAACAGUCAUAUUAAUACUACCUGUCUAAGCUUCUACAGGCCAUAGCCAACAGUCACAUUAAUACUACCUGUCUAAGCGGCUACAGGCCAUAGCCAACAGUCAUGUUAAUACUACCUGUCUAAGCUGCUACAGGCCAUAGCUAACAGUCAUAUUAAUACUACCUGUCUAAGCUGCUACAGGCCAUAGCCAACAGUCAUAUUAAUACUACCUGUCUAAGCUGCUACAGGCCAUAGCCAACAGUCAUGUUAAUACUACCUGUCUAAGCUGCUACAGGCCAUAGCCAACAGUCAUGUUAAUACUACCUGUCUAAGCUGCUACAGGCCAUAGCUAACAGUCAUAUUAAUACUACCUGUCUAAGCUGCUACAGGCCAUAGCCAACAGUCAUAUUAAUACUACCUGUCUAAGCUGCUACAGGCCAUAGCCAACAGUCAUAUUAAUACUACCUGUCUAAGCUUCUACAGGCCCCAUAGCCAACAGUCAUAUUAAUACUACCUGUCUAAGCUGCUACAGGCCAUAGCCAACAGUCAUAUUAAUACUACCUGUCUAAGCUUCUACAGGCCCCAUAGCCAACAGUCAUAUUAAUACUACCUGUCUAAGCUGCUACAGGCCAUAGCCAACAGUCAUAUUAAUACUACCUGUCUAAGUUCCAAGCUGCUACAGGCCAUAGCCAACAGUCAUAUUAAUACUACCUGUCUAAGCUGCAACAGGCCAUAGCCAACAGUCAUAUUAAUACUACCUGUCUAAGCUGCUUCAGGCCAUAGCCAACUGUCAUAUUAAUACUACCUGUCUAAGCUGCUACAGGUCCAUAGCCAACAGUCAUAUUAAUACUACCUGUCUAAGCUGCUACAGGCCAUAGCUAACACAGUCAUAUUAAUACUACCUGUCUAAGCUGCUACAGGUCCAUAGCCAACAGUCAUAUUAAUACUAUCUGUCUAAGGUCUGAGCUUCUACAUGGCAUAGCCAACAGUCACGUAUACAGUACUUCUACAGGAAAUUGUAGAAUUAAAAUCCCGAUUUUUAAUGAAGUGUUUUGUUUUUACAGGUGACAGACUGUCUGACCACUGUGAAGUCUGUCAACAAGACUGACUCCAUCACUCUGCUGUCUACCUUUUCUGUAAGAGGCUUUCAGUAUGUUGACAUGAACAGUACUAAUACUACUACUACUGCACUCAAAUGAUUUGUCUUGAGUUGGCUGAGAGAUGCUCUUUCUCAGUCCUUAGAGGGGAUCAUCGAUGCGUCUAAAGAAGACCUGGUUCUCUGUCCUGGACUGGGACCACAGAAGGUGAGCAGAGAGGAAUGUGUUCGAUUGACGGAAGGAGAGGAGUAGUAUUCACUUGAAUCUAAAAUAUGACCUUCAACGUUAAUUAUUAUAAUUCAGUGUGAUUGUUUCCAAACAUCGAUGGUUAUUUCAAAACCCAUUUAGGAAAAGAUAUCCUCGUUUUUAGAAUCUUCAUCAUUCGAACAGUGUCACUUUUCCUUGGUUAGUCUCCGUUAUUGAGAGGUGACGUGUUUGAUUGCUGUGUCCCACAGGCCAGACGCCUCUAUGACGUGCUACACCAGCCCUUCCUCAAGGCCAGGAAGAAAGACGGCUGACCCACAGACGGUCCUUACUACUGGACUGUACUGUUGACCUGCUGCUCAGCAGGGAACUGGCUUCCAUUAUGACCCAUCUCCACCCUAAGGACUGGUUCAACUGGGAACAGGACACAUUAUGGCCCA